AAGUAUGGUUGGUCAUUUGCUUUGACCUGCGAAGCUUUGACAGCGACGCGUAGACAACCGUAUAUGUCAAACUCCCUGCGCCCUUGCUGUUUAAGAGAUUAUUGCAAAUGGAAAGUGGUUCAAAAGAAGAAGCUCAGGACAACUGGACGCGGCUCACCCCCGAGUUGAAGCUAGCAGUGGCAGCAUACUUGCACCCCAACCAUGCAAACCAGCUCAAACUCUUCGACCAAGAAACCGCCGCGUGCAUGCGGGGUCUCUACGUCACAUUGCAGCUGAGCGAGAAGCACCCGAGCAACAGAGCGCUGCGGCGGGCGCUUCAGCCAUGGCCGGGACCCGCCUUCCUUGCGCACUUUGGCCGACCCGAGCCCUGGCGCAGCCUGACGCGUCCCCAGCGCGAGCGGCUGCUGUGCCUCGCGGCAUCUUCGGGCCACACCGCCAGCCUGUAUGCAGCCCUGGACAACUGCGACUACACCACCUUGUCCUCGGAGGUGCUGAACGCGGCGGCAGCUGCCGGGGACUUGGCGGGCUGCCAGCGGCUGCUGCGGGAGGGCCGUUGCAAGGUGGAGCAGGGCACGUUCAAGGCCGCAGGCGAGGGCGGCAAUCUUGAAGUGCUGCGGCUGCUGCAGCGCGCAUGCAAAUCAGCGCCUGCUGUGGGCGCAGGCGGGGUGCGGCUAACCCUUUCGGAGUGUGUCGCCGCCAUGGCCAGUGGCGCGUGCAGCAGCGGCCAGGCGGGCGUGCUCGCCUGGCUGCGGCGGGCGCAUGGACACGAGCCCGGAUUGGAGGACGCCAUCACGGCGGCAAGGUCAGGUCAGGUGGCUUUACUGGAGCAGCUGCUGAUGCCGGCGGUGCUGACCGGCUGUCAUCAACAAAGCGAUCAGCAGCAGUGGGACCGGGAACAGUCCAAGGCCCUGCUGCUCCAUGCCAUCGCACACGGCUGCCCCGGGGAGGUCCUGCGCCGGCACUACCAGACGCUCUGGCCCUGGGCCCGGAUGCAUGCCGGCGCUGACGGGCAGCAUGGCGGGGAGGCCAGCGCUGCUGCUGAGGCCGCGGCGCGGCGCCAAGCGGACCUGACCAAGGCCCAGCUCCUGGCGGCUGCCGCUGGCAGCCCCACCGCCUGCUGGCAGGCCAAGACAGAAUUUGUGCUCACGAGCUGCUUAGGGCCGGCUGAGGUUGAGCGUCUCGUGCAGCAACGAGGUCUUGCCGAAGUGGUGACACGGGCCGUGUGCGACCGCUGCCAUGAGCCAACACUGGUGGCGCGGCUGCGGCGCCUGCGGGCUUUGGGCAUUGCGCCGUGCUACACGUGGUUGCACAACGCGACCGGGGCGGGCAACAUGGAAGCCCUACUAUUUAUCGAGGAUGAGUGUGGUGUGCCAUUGACGCAGUCAUACUACUUCGAUGUCGCAAAUGUCCGCCCCCACUCCUCCGGCUGCCUGGCUAUGCUGCAGCUGCUGCGAGAGCGCGGGUUUGUGUUCGGGCCCGACAACGUGGAGAGAGAGGCCGAGUGCCUCGUGGCUGACCUCAACCCGGACUCGGGUCUGUGGGCCAAGGGAUGGAGCGCGGGACGCGACGCCGCUCUGGGCUGGCUUGCAGAGGUGGCGAAGGAGUAUCCGAUGAGCUUUGUUGGCAGGGCGGUCACAAAAAGGUACCAGUGGCAUUGGUCCCAGGCGAUGUGGUAUGCGGUGUGUGCUGGCGCAAGUUUGCCGGUGCUGAAGGCGCUGCGGCGGCGCGGCGCGCCUCUGCCGCCUCUGAGUCUUGCCGCAAAGCACGGCAGCUUGGAGGUGCUGGAGUGGGUGGCGGCGGAGCUGGAGGCAGACGGCGGCCGGCCGCUGGUGGAGGUUCUGGGCUGGUCUGAGCUGGAGCACGCCUACCAGUGCGGCGGCGAGUUUGUGAAGCACUGGAUGCGGUCCCGCGACCUGGUGCCGCCGGGGCCCGGGCCCUUGAGACCGCCACAGGAUACACGGGAUGGGCGUAAUCAGAAGGAAGAGAAGGAGGAAGAGAAGGAGGAGGUGGAGGAGACGGAGGAAGAGAAGGAGGAUGAGAAGGAGGAGAAGGAGGAUGGGGAGGAGGAGGAGCAUCAGGAGGAGGAGGAGGAGAAGGAGAAGGCAGAGGAGGAGGUAGAAUGGGCGGGAGUCGGAGCAGGCGAGGCGGGUGGUACGUGGUGGUGGCAGUGGCUGCAGUGGGCUGUGAAGGCUAUAUGCGAGGCGCUCUGUGGAGGUCCACCUAGGUAGGGCCGCCAUUGGUCUGGGAAUGCAGCUGGCAUGCAACACAGGGAUGGGUGGAUGCGUGGGGCCCAAUGCAUGGACGUGGAUUGACAGAUUGACAAGAAAAGGUGGCUCUCCCUUGCAAGGGAAAAGUGGGCUGUGCCGCCACGCCACGUCCUCCGUCUGAGGCCGAAGGUUCCGAUACUAGCCUCAU